AUGGGGAUCCUCAAAUUUGUUUUCGUGCUGCUUUAUUUGGUGUUUGCAACAGUGGCUGAGAAUGACGAACAGCAAGAGUUCACCACACAAAACGCAGAAGACGGGGAAAUGUGGCAGUUUAUACAUGAAAUUGGCAUUUUGGAAGGAACAAAACUCACAAUUGGCGAAAGUUCAUUUGAUUCAAGCGAUUGGAACACGUUUGAAGUUUUCCCAAACCUUUCGAUCCUUACCGUAAGGAAACAAGGCCGAUCUCUGCAGACGAAUAUUUUCGAAUGGGCGAAAACACUCGAUCAGGUUUAUAUGGACGAUAACCUUCUCACGGCAGUUCCAAAGGAAUCACUCUCGGCGCUGACUUCCCUUAGAAUUCUAUCAAUCAGCAACAACCGCCUGGAAGCACUCGGCGAUGGUGAUGAGUUUUUGGGCUUAGAUCAUAUGGAGCAAUUAUACCUUGAUCGCAAUUCGAUCAACGUUGUGCAUCCUCACACAUUCGCUUCAUUGCGGAAGCUAAAGCAGCUCGCUUUAACUGCAAAUCGGCUCACAUCGCUCGACGGACUGAUGCUGCCACCGGAGAACCAGUUGGAACGGUUAAGUGUAGGCCACAAUUAUGUGAAAUCGUUCAAUGAGUCCAUUUUCGUUCGAAUGAGCGCUUUGAGAGAACUUUCGUUGGAUGGAAAUCUAUUGGAAACCUUGCGUGAUAAUACCUUCGCUGAGCUUCGCGAGCUACGACGGCUCGAUUUAAGUGAUAAUUUUUUCAAAACCUUUUCGUCGAAGCUGUUCGCCUCCAACAGGAAGCUGGUGGAGUUGGUUCUAGCGAGAAAUCUGAUAGAAAAUCUUCCUGUGGAUGUGUUCCGUGGAUUGAAUAAUCUAACUGAUUUAAGUCUGCAGGGUAAUCGGCUUACCCACCUACCCGAACAAAUUUUCCGGGAUCAACCACAGUUUACACGGCUCUCGCUGGAAGGGAAUCGCAUUGAGAACUUCGGACCGAUCUUCCUUAAAUGUACCGAUGUUGAGCUGCAAAACAAUCGUGUGCAGGGUUUGAGCAAGAUUUCAUUCGACACGAACGCUACACUGGUUGAGCGCUUAUCUCUUCAUGGAAAUGAAAUUGCAACGAUCGAACAAAGUGUCUUUGAAGGGUUGCCGAAAUUGGAAAACAUUUACUUGGAUUAUAACCGCAUUACGGAGCUCUCACCGAUGCUGUUCCACACGAACCAUGAGCUGCAGCAAGUGACUCUCUCCUACAACCGGCUGUCGGUGUUACGGACGAAUACCUUCUCCGGUCUAGCGCGGCUUCAUCAGGUGGACCUAUCUUACAAUCAACUGAGCGCCAUCGAACCAGCCGCUUUCCACCACUCUCCGGUAGAAUAUUUAUAUCUAAACGGCAACCAGCUUACAACACUCGACGGUUGGACAUUUUCCGGGACGAAUCUCCUGCAUUUGUUCCUGGAUUCCAAUGCAAUCGAGUCGCUGCUGACCUCGUCUGGAACGGUGUUGGAUGGGUUGAUGGAAAUAUCAGCCUCUAACAAUCACAUCGCAUCGUGGGAGGCGUUUUGUACAUCAAACAUUACCCAUUUGACAUUCAUCAACUUGUCGAACAACUCACUAACAUCGCUGGAAGGUGACUGUUUAGAUCAUCUUCUUCCACGGGUCAAUGACAGUGCUGGUGGCAGGUUCGGCAGUGAUACGCUUCCGGUUCAGCUAAAUGUUGCGUAUAACAUGCUUUCGGAGGUGCCCGUUCUUGCCGGGCACAUUCAGUCGCUCGAUCUCAGUGGCAAUAAUGUGUCCGAUCUGGGCGAUGGGAGCGCAUUCCAGUGGUAUCAGCAAACGGGGACGCUGACAUUGCAAAACACUACGUUGCGAAUGGUUCGCUCACAAAGCUUCAGGUUUUUGCAGAACCUAACGCAGUUGCUAAUUGGUUCGAGCGUUUUGGAACUGAUAGAGGAGGAUGCUUUCCAUGCUCUUAAGCUACAGGCGUUAUUGAUAAGUAACUCCAGCUUGGCAACCUUCCCACCUUUACUACUGAGAGGGCAAAUUGAUCUUUAUGUUGUUUCAUUAGCCUUCAAUGCGCUGUCUCAUCUCUCAUCCUCUUUCUUUGCCGAUUGUGCGAUGUUGGAAGAGAUAAACCUUUCUCAUAACAGGAUAACGACAGUGGACCAACUCUGGUUUCAAAAUUUGCCACAACUUAAAAUUAUCACUCUGGAUAACAACUUGAUUGCACAGCUUCCUCCACAAAUAGUUCCCACGAACCACAUCCUCAGAACACUAUCGCUCGCAGGAAAUGCGCUAAGCUCAAUCUCCAAUGCGGAUUUCCUCGCCAACGUUUCAAUUUACGAGCUGAACCUUUCGGAUAAUAAGCUGGAGGACAUCGAUAUUCUGCAAAGCAACGAUAUCAUUAACAGGCUGGAUGUUUCUCAAAACCGAUUGCGGCGAUUGCUUGUUCGACCUAAUUAUCGUACCCUGGUAGCUAAUUCCAAUAACAUCUCAGCACUGCGCUUGGAACCCGAUUCGCAAUUUGAACUCGUAUAUCUUAAUCUCGCGGAUAAUCAGCUGGACCAACUCGAUCCCCAGCUUUUCGAUGUGCGAACGCUUAACGAACUCAAUGUAUCGGAAAACCGGCUGAACGCGUUUCCAUUCGAGCUGGUGUACAAGCUGAAGCAGCUGAAGAACUUGAUCGUGUCCAGAAAUAACAUACGCACAUUGCCACCAACGGAUACAGUGGAACUGUUCAAGCUCCAGACGCUUGAUCUAUCGGAAAAUCCGCUCGAGGAGCAGGGGAAUACCUUCCUGGACGCUUGCGUUGUAAAUAAUCUAAUCGUGACCGUAGCAAAAUGA